AUGUCAUCGACUUCCACCGCGCGAGUCCUUGACUCUACGGCUCUCGAAAGGUUCGAUCCGGGCGAGGAGCUGGUGUUGACGCCAUAUCCACUGUCCGACCCCUGUGGCAUCGGAUUUGAAGAUGAAGGCAGGACGCCUUCUGAUUUCGACCCCUCCAAAGCUGACGGCAAACUCAUCGAGACAGCCAACCCCGCCACGAGAGCUCGCCUCGUGAUCAAGAAGCGCCUCAGCGGCACGUCGGCGGACGAUCAGAAUGUCCUCCUCUGCCGCGUGGAGCAGGCGCCGACCGCGUUCGAGAUGGAUAACGCACACGCGCGCCACCUGUCGGAGGGAAAUCUCGUCAUAGUGAAGACGUUCACUUCGAGACCGCUCUAUCGAUGGGUGCGCGAUGGAUACCGGUCCCACGAUCAUACAUCUGGCGAGCUGCAUCCGGAGGCCGCAGUGUACCAGCACCUGUACGAUAACGGGCUGACCGGCUACCCUCGCCUGGCGCCGCAAUACUAUGGCACCUGGGUGUUUGAGAAGGAACAAAAGGGCCAGAACGCUUGCGCACGCGACAGGUACACCGGCCUCAUCGUGACGGAAUACGUUGAUGGAGUGUCUGUCGAACAACUUGGCACCCGCGACUGGGACCAUGAUACCUAUGGCCCCCUCCAACUCAGCACAUCCCCUAUCGCACUGCACAGAAACUCCGACAGAAUCCUGCUGAUGGAUACCGAAAGCCGACUCCGCAUAUUCAAGACCUUGCUCGAUGGCGUAGUCCGAAAAUUGCACGCUGGUGUCUAUGUCGGAAAGUCGAAUCUCCACCCUAGCAAUGUCUUGGUUUCUUUCCGCAACAACGGGAAAGAGCUUGAAGAACCGAGGGUGGUCUCCAUCGAUUACCAAAUGGAUACGGUGUGGUCUCGGACCAAGCCGGGACGUGAUUCGGGAAAACCCAUGAUCGCGCAGCAGCUCGACCGGCCACCUCACCCUGCUCUGUACUUUCCGAGCACAUCAGAAAUCGCAGCCUUCAAGGGCUGGUUUCCUCGGGAAUGGAGCCCUUACGACUCUAACCAGCUCUGCGAAUGGCUUUUGAGUGAAAGCGGGUUCGGGCCCUUGGACGCCAACGAGAGAUAUAGCAGUCUUCCUUCUGAGGAUGCUGGAUACUUGGGUCUCUCUAUGUUUCCAGUCUUUUGA